CAUGUUGGGAUGUUGGUUCGUUACGCAACACCGGUUUUUCUGGUAUAAACACAAUCAAAACAAUAGGUCAAGGAAGCAAAAGGUUAUGAGCCAAAUAUGGUUGAUAUUCCCUAGUAAAAGACUAAAGUGAAUGAGUGAUUUGAAACAGUGUUUCAAAUCACUGAAACUGUUUGAUAAGUUCCAUGCGUCGUUGAUGGAAAAAAAUGCGUGUUAAAAGUGAGGUUAUGUGUUGUUAACGAAAGAUCUUGGCAAUCGUUGGUGAUGGAAUCAUUGCACGGGGUAUUCGAUAGUUUCAAAUUGGACGAAUUGGAUCAAGGAUGGAUAAAUCAAGUAUACGGGAGUGCUUUUUCGAACGUGGAAAAUGUACCGAUAGAUUAUCUCGUCUUUCUCGAAAGUUCAGAAAUGAUGGAAUUACUCAAAGACGCGUGCAACGUAGUGAAAAGUUGGAUAUCAAACAAUGGUGAUGUACCAGUUGAAAAGGACGAAGUUUCGUGGGAGACUUUGAUUGCGAUGAAUUUUGAAAUUCAAAGUCUCUUGUCGGUACUCGCUUAUUUAAUGAAAAAUGGGCAGUCUUUUGAUGCCAGUCAAGAUUCUCGUCAGUCGUGUCUCCGAGCUACGAGCCUGUAUUUUGUGCUUCUAACAAUACCAGGGAGCAAUGCUUUUCAGGCAUUCCAGCCGAAUCUUUACGAAGUGGCUCUGAAAAGUUUAGAGUUAUCACAGCGUUUGGCUCCUAGAGAAAAAAAUACAAAACGUUGCAAUUUCAACAAUUCGGAAAAUUCUACUAACAAUGUGGGCAGCUCAGACGUUGUUCCGAACUUAUCGAAUUCUCAAAGCAUAGCUCUGACUCGAGGUCUGAAUGCUGUUGUGUACGACCUUGUAACGAUGCUAAAAUCUACUUGUACAUCCAUGGAAAUUCGCUUAUUGGAAACAACUAUUUAUUAUUUAGUUGAAAUAACAAAACUUGCAGAAGAGGCAAUUAAUCCUCAAAGGAGCAAAGAAGCUACCCUCAAUUCAUUAGCUUACAACGCUUAUGUAGCUUUGGAACAAAUUUGCAACCCCAAAUAUGCGGCGGUUCCUGCAAUAUCAAGAAUCAUUGCAAAAUAUAUGCUCCCACAAUUUCUGGUUUCUGCCACUAAUUUAUCACCUAAGCAAGUAGCCAUGGUAAGAGAAUCAACCAUGUAUUUCUUCAAUAAUUUACUUGCUAUCCAUGGUAAAGAAGUACAAUCUGCUCUAAUCAUUUUGCUUCAACAUAUCAUGAUGAAAUGUCCUGAUAAAGUAGACGGAAGACAAAAACAAGCUGCAAUCAUAAUAAGAUUUUUCUAUAUAUGCUGCAACGAUGAAAGCUCUUUGAAAGAAUGUCUAAAAUAUCUUGUCCAUCUUUGCCAUCACAACAAAAUAUACUCUAGAAUAUUUGCCCAGGAGAUUGUGGGAAAAUUUAUCAUGGAAUUAUCAGCCUCGAGGAACCACAGAGAGGAGGAGAAUUCAGAGAUUUUGCGCCAGGCCAAAGUGGAGCAGAUUUUAUUAGCCUGUGCAAUGGGACGUUGUUUCGAUGUUUCCAGCAUGGUUAGAGGACGAGCGAUGGCCACACUUGCAGAAUACACUGACUCCGUCGACAGAUUGCCGGUCAGAAAAAUCUUUCAAAAUCAGCUAAAUGGACAGACAAGAAAAUUUCUAAGUUUGGAAAUCAUAGAAGAUUGCAUGAACAACGAAAAUUUGGAUGCUUUGUUACCAGACACGGAGGAAACAAUUGCAAUGUUAAAAGAUCGACUGGAAGAUGAAAGAGCUUUGGUGCGAAGAAGCACGCUCCAAGUACUCUGCAACGGCAUUUUAAUAUCUCCAGAACUGCUGGACAAUUUGCUGCCCCUAAUUCGUCAACGCUGUCGAGAUUCCAUACUCACUGUAAGACGCUAUGCAAUUCGGAUACUAACAAAUCUAUUAGAAGAGUUUCCGGAUAAAGCAGGACUCUGCGAAGAUUGGGUUGAUUCUGUCGUUCCACGAGUUUUUGAUUCUGAGGCCAAAGUUCAAGAAGAAGUGUUGGCCGCGUUGGAAAAAUUGACAAUCAAUAGAAUAACCGCUUACAAUCCUAACAACCCAGCGAUCGACUUGCCUUGGAGGAUUCUCAAUGAAAUAGCUAUCAACAAAAUGGGCGAUCAUCUAACAAAAGCCUGUAGUGUUUGGCUCGAAAACAAUCUGGUCAACGAUAAAAAAAUAGCCAUAAUCAAAUCUCACAUCGGAAUGUACAACAACAUGGGUGCAUGGCUGCUGCUCGCUUCUAUAAGUGAGAACAAAAAAUUAUCAGGAAUGCAAACUUAUUACACUUUUUAUGGCAGGUCACUCGUCGACUCUGAUCAUUCGGACGUUUAUCUCGCGAGUCUCAUGCUUCGAGUGCUUCAUAAUUCUUGGUCGACUUUCGACGAUCUCACGCUACAGCAAAUAUCGAAAGACAUUACGAAUUAUUUGAAGACUUAUCGUGUCAAAGUUCCUCUCAUACGUCACAGUCUGGAUAUACUGUUGGAUAUUACAAAGUAUCUUGAAAGGAUCAACAACGAGACUCGAACAAUCGAGGAAUCGGAGAUUACGAGAGAGCUAGUGAGACUGUCCGAAACGACGAUAACUCGCGUCGUCGAGUCCGAUCUUCCAGAGAGCUCAAAAAAUUUGCUCUUCCGAGCGGUUUGUACCCUCGGUCACGCCUCUUUCUUGUCGUGGUCCGAAAUAUCGAAGGAUGUGAGGCGAAUUCUCCAACGCUUUUUACUCGAAUGGAACAACUUGCCUCAUUGGGUCAGAGACAAGAAUCAAUUGCAAGGAGCUGCUGUCACGGUCUUGGGACAACAGUCUCUCAUUAAUCGUGAUAUCGCGGUCGAAAUGACUCCGAUUUUUGGCUAUCUUCUGUGCAACAAAAGUGAAAAUUUGCAUCGGCAGACCGUUGGCGAUUCGCAGCAAGCGAGCGACACGAACUUUGACAAGCGAAGAGAACGUUUGAACUACGAGAACAUGGCUAAUGGUCCUGUCGUCAGAAUAAACGCUGCUAAGGCUCUUGCCGAUAUUUGCUCACGUUUCACCGCCCUCGUCGAGCCAUACUUGACCGAUAUGUGCAUAAGCAUGAAAGAUCCGAAUCCAGAAGUUCGCCAAGUUAUUCUCGUAUUAUUCAUUCAACUUUUGGUCGAAGAUACGAUUAUGAUAAAAGAAGCAUUUUUCUUUUAUAUUCUAACGAUGCUGGCUGACGAUGAUUCGACGAUACGUCAAAUGACUGUAUUUUUGAUAAAGGAACGACUUCUUGCUAAAAACAAAAAUCUCAUAACCCAACAACUGUUGAAUGGAAUUUAUCACUUCAACGAUUAUGAGAGACGAUCGAGCGUGAAAAAACGUCGUCGUAGAGUCGAUCAGAGCGCUUUGAGCUUGACCGGUAACGACAACGAAAAGAAGCGUCAAACGAUAUACGAUUUUAUGCUCGAAAAUCUUGAUUCACCGGGAAAAUUAUCUGUCGUAGUUAAAUUGACGAAACACAUUUUGAAUCCUCGUAGUAACGACCGACUUGACGUUCGGAGUGAAAAAGGAAUUUCGCUCAUUCGAGACACCCUUUACAUCAUAACCAGCGAUCACCUCCAAGUGAGUUCUCUGUCGAGGCAAAGCAUCGACGACGAUAAUAAUCCCGAGGAAACUGGAAAUUCGUCUGCGAAUUCGGUAAUCGUCGAGGCCAUGAAGAAUCAUCGUCAUCACGUUUUCUUGCCUUGCCUAGUCGAACUCAAGAGGCAUUGUGAACGGUUGCGUUCUCCGAUACUCGAGGAAGUUAACAAAAUCCUUGUGCAAACCAUCGCCGAUUCCUGCAAGGAAGCUCUCACCGGUUUGUACAACGAGUAUCCCAAAUUAGAGCGAGAAAUUCAACGUGACUCUCGAAAAUAUGCUAAGCGAGCUCACAAGGAAACUGUUGAGAACGACGAUGAGACAAGCUACCACGAAACACCCAAAAAAUCCAACCUCGAUGGAAACUCUAUUUUAAUCAGUCCCAAUCGCCAGCUGAGGAUCGUCCUCAGAAGAAUAUCAACUCUCACGUAUCCUGGCACUGCCGUUUGUAACCCCGGACCAACCGAGGACAACCAAGAUGGAGAAUGCGCUUUGGAUCCGCGGAAAGUACUCUUUGAUAAAAAUUAAUCUACCGGAAUUGAAGAUUUUCCACACGUAUCUCAUCACACGUAUGAUUAAUCGAGAAUUCUCAUUGCGAUGAUGCGACCUUAACUAUCGAUGGGAAGAGAUCAAAUUUAAAGGUAACUGCCUCACUGCCUGUAACUCAGAAAUGCGAUCGCGGACCAUCGUCGAAACAAGGCGUGUUCAGUGCUGCGGAUGACUGAUUAGAACUAGAGCGGGCUCACGUUUGGUAUCAGGUCUUUAUCAUCAGUACGCAUCUUAUCGCAAAUUCAGCGUCGAUGGAAAAAAAAAAAUAGGCUUGUUCUUUUUUCCCCACCAAUAAUCAUCAAUGCGAGCUGGGGAAGGAAGUUAGCAUUCAGCAGCGGAUGAUACUCGCUGACGCAAUACGUUUCGCAUCUCACAAUACGAACAAAAUAACGCAGCGACACUCGGCCUACUUAAGAAGGCGACAACUUUUUUUUCAGAGUGCACUAAUUUUGUAUCCCUCAAAAUUCACUCUUGUAGGAAAUGAUACUUUUGAUUCGUUCACAAAUAAUUUUCGGUUAAGAAAAAUGUUUACCCAUUAGAAUUUUGUAUAAAUCGACAAAAGCUUCGUACCCGUGAAACAAAAUUUGGCACGACUCCAGCCGAACUCAAAGCAACCUCAAAUUUUGUCAAGCUGUACAUAUUCGUUGUUUGAAUGCAACUUGUUAUCGGAUUUGAAAUUUUAUAGUUUUGUCGUUGAUAGAAAUUUAGUUAUAGCUGACUUCGGGUAAGCAGCAUUUCAUGGAACAAAACGCAUUCCCACCUUGUUUUCGAUUAUUCAUUUUAGUAUAGAUUUUUAUUUAUAUGACAGGUUUUCCUGCAAUAAUAUUCAAUGUUGUCACAUCGGUCUUUCAGAGAUUCGGAUUUGAAUUUUCAUUUUAUUCGAUAUUUUAGUAUUUCAUAAAAUAAGAUGAACGUAAUUGCUCGCUCAUGAAUAAAAAUGUACAAAUUUCUAUACCAAAUACCGAAGACAAAGUUGACUCAUUCGAAAAAUCCUUUUGAAAUUGUUUUUCGAUGCAAAUUCCAUCUUCUGUCUAAGGUCUGUCUAAGGAAUGCUUUUAAAGUGGACUCUAAAAGAAAGAUCUUGACUAUUUUUUAAAUCAUUUGAAAAAAUUUCGCAAUCAAAAAAGGCAUGAAAACACUUUCCCAUCAUUGUACCAUUUAUUAAAUAUAUGUCAACAUAGUUGUUCGACAAUAACAAUAACAAUUAACACAAUCGAUUAUAAGAGUCGGGAUCGAAUGUUGCAAGAAAUUGGGAAGACGUAUGGUGUGCCAAUAUACGCGCGUCUAUAUAUUUAGAUAUAUUUACGUAUUAAAAAACAAUUAAACACAUAUAAAUAGUCGCAGAUUCGAAAAAAAUGCUUCUAUUUACACAACAUGAUUGAUCGAGAUGCAAGGCAUACGAGUCAGUCUCAUUUAAAUUUCUCCCAUUUUUACUACCCGACUAUUUUUAAUAAAUUUUAAUACUAAUUGGCAUAACUCGUUUGUUUCUCAUCGCACAAACGCAACAACAAAAAUUAAAAUCGUCUACAUUGACUAUUGGACAAUAUUAGAAAAAUAUCUCUCGUGUUCACAACAUGAUAAUGAUAAAAGUGCAAAUAAAACAGUUGGCAACAUUCGAGGGACGGUGACUACUUUUGAAAAGUAUUGCAACUCGUACUUAAACAAAUAAUUUAACAAAAAUAAUAUAUUGCUGGGAACAGUAAAGAAAUAAAAUAUUAGUAAUGUUAGGAAAACAUAACGUAUGUGAUUUACCGCGAAAAGCGAUUGGUAAAUAGUUAAUACGAACUAUUCGGACGGUGCUACACUCCCAUUAGAUAUUCCCAGCCUCUUUUAUGUUCAUGUAAUAUAUAUAUAUAUAUAAUAUAUAUAUUUUUUAAGUA